AUGACUUCCGGUCUCAUCCUUAUUGGAAAAACGCCCGAAUCUGCGUCGAAAAUUUCCCUUGAGAUCAGCGGAAGAAACGUAUCCAAGUAUUACGUUUGUGAAGUCGAGGGCAAAUUCAAGGGUCCAGAACAGAAUGCGAAUGAUCCACCCGCCCCAGUCAUCGUUGAACAACCUCUUGGCCGACUGAGCCAGAAAAUGGGGUUCCCACUUGUUGAUGAUCCUCUAUACAAUUCCUACGACUGGGGUCCAACAAAGGGUGCCUUCGCCAAGUACAUUGAACCGCGGUCCUCUCUCAUUGAGGCGUUGGCCGCUACCCGCUCUAGAAACGCCUAUCUUGAAGGCGCCGUAAGUGAUGUUGAGAGCCCUCGCACCUUUUACCCAAACACAUUGUCUUUGCCCGGUGCAGUUCUGCCCCUUUUUAGGUAA